ACUAAACACAUUGAAGUUCGAUAUCAUUUCAUUCGUGAUUUAGUCCAGGAUGGUAAGAUUCACCUUGAUUUUAUUAGAACAGAGAGUCAAUGGGCUGAUAUCUUUGCUAAACCUUUGCCAGGUGAUCAGUUUCUACAUAUCAGGUGAGAAUUAGGGCUAUUCUCUCUCCAGGAUCUGCCUAAUUCUCAGUAAAUCAUUCUCUUACUUCUUCUGCCCUCUAAUUGAUCCUUCUUUCCUUUUCCUGAUCUGCUAAUGGAUUCUAAUCCUUCUGGAAACUUACCAUGUUCCCUCUCGUCUUCCCUAUAAGAACCUCAGACUUUGGGAUCCUUCAGUCACUCAUCCUCGUUCCAAUCACAACCAUCUUUUCUCAAAACAUAUCAUUAUCUCCAUCAUGGUGCUCAACAAUCCUCAACUCCAUCCUGCUGUUACCUUCUCCAACAAGGUAUUCAGAAAGGAUAAAGAGUUCUCUCGAUAUGUACGACGUUUUCGUGAUCGUGCUAUCUAUCCUUCCUUCACCAUCCAACCGUCUGCCUUUUCAAUGUACGACAUGGAUAUAUCUGCCUUGAUUCGCAACCUUGGUUGGGAGUCUUUGUUUGAAGAUCAACGGUUCACCUAUUGCCCCGAGGCUGUGAGGUUGUUCUAUGUGAACCUCAAACGUGGAUCUGGCCCUGACCUUUAUUCCUUCAAAACCACGGUAGGAAACCUUGAGAUCACAGUCACUGCUGACCUGCUUGCCAGUGAACUAGGGUUGCCACACAACGGCCUCAAGGCAGGUGAUGAUGGGCAAUUUCAUGACUACAAUUUCGACUACCAUCAUGUCCAUAACUCACUGCCUAUCAGCUAUGCAUCCAUGGUCUUCUGCCAUCUUGUCAAAUAUGGAGAUGACAAUUAUGAUGGCUGGUUGCCUCUGGCACCUCUCAUCACCCAGCUGCUUAGGAAGCUAGGUGUUGAUCUUCGUGACAAGGUCACACUCUGGAACGUUCAUGAUGACCUGAAAACGCAACAUGUUCUAGCUCGUCUUGACGCCAGCGUUGGACCCCGCAAGCCUGUCACUGGCUCAGGGGGAGAGGUUGCUGCUUUGGUCAAAGCUCUAGUGUCUGCUGCUGAAGUGGUUGUCGACCACGAACUAACUGGUUUCUCCAGUGAAAAUCUUAAAGGGAAGCGGAAGAUCCCCGUAACUACUCUAACAUCUAUGUCCACUCGGUUGAAACUCCUCAGAGAUGGAGGGGGAGAAAGCUCAUCCAGUAUCAGGGAGGAGGACGAAGCCGUCGAAGAACUUGAAGAAUUUGGGGAUAUCUCAUAUUAUGACUCCCCUCCUCACUAUCCCUUUUAGACUUAGUCUUAAGUCUCUUUUAGAAUUCUGUCUAGUUUCUAGGUCUAAGUUAUCUAGAACAAAAAGCAGCCCUAGCUGUUCCCUGUACUGCUUCUCAAUUUCUCUAAUGAAUAAAGUUGCAUCUUGAGUAGAAAUUGAAUCCUUUUUGUAGAACAGGCUGCACCGAUUUGUUUGCUGAGUUGAUGCAGGUAUAUUCUGAAGGCACCAGUUAAGGAGCCAUUGACAAGCUUAGGGGGAGCAUGUUGAAGGAAACUCGGUCAAUGGCCUUGAUCAAGCAACUCAAACGGUACAAAUGAGUGAUUUGGAAAGAAAUCAAGACGUGAUACACUACCAUUUGUACUCCCAAGUCAAAGAUAGAAAGUUCCUAAAAGAGACGUUGAAGAAAACAGAAGUAUAAAGGGAUGGAUCAUGG